UCAAGAAGCUCCGUGGAGUCUGGUGGAGAUUUUCCAGCGUUCUCAGUCCUGCUACCGUAAGUAUUGGAUGAAACUCACACCAAAAAUCCAGUGAUGCUGAUUUGACCACAGAAAUGUUAUACUGAUCAGCUACUCUCAUAUUGUUUGUUCAGUGUUCCUAGUAUAAAAAAAAAACAAUAAAUAAAAACUUUAAUAACAAAAAGAAAAGUAUUAUAGAAUGUGCUUGACUCUAGUUAAUGAACACAAUUUUGCAACUACUACCUCUAAACUCAGUUUCCUCUACUGAAAAAUGUGCCACUAUUUUCGUCAUUGUUGAUUGUUUAAAAAAAACGCAACUUCCUGUCCUUUCUUCGUUUCGCAGCAGCUCUGUUUUCGCCUUGACCUUGCUCUUCACUCCACCUCCAACCGUCUGGUCAGUCUAUGCGGGCGAGCCGUUGGUUCAUCUUAAACAAGCUUAUUUUGUUCUCUGGGCAUCAGGAAGGAGAGGUGAGAAACAAAAGAAAUCAAUACACAAAUUGAAAGCUGCAGUGUGUGUUUCGGUGACUCGGAUGAAGCACUCGGCGGGACUGUGAGACUAAUGCAGCCACUGCAGUGACACCCCGCCAGCAGGAAAGAUGAACUCAUCCAGCUGUCUUGGCAGAUAUGGUAACAUAGAAAAUAAGCUGCUGCCUGCUCUUUACACCAUCACGUUCAUCAUUGGUCUUGUGGGUAAUGCUUUGGGGCUGAAGCUGCUGCGGCAGAAAUGGAAAAGAGGAGAAAACAUAAAUGUUUUUGUUCUCAACCUCGGACUUGCCAACGUCUUGUACCUGUUCACUCUUCCCUUUUUGAUGGUGUACUACUUCAGCGGAAAGAAAUGGAUUUUUGGAGACGUUUUCUGCAAGAUGACAAGAUUCUGCUUCAACUUGAACUUGUACUGCAGCAUCGGCUUCCUCACCUGUAUUAGUGUGUACAAGUAUCUGGCCAUCGUCCAUCCUCUGAGAAUGAUGGGAAGACUAACUGUGACUCGUUCAGUGGUGAUCUCAGUCCUCGUUUGGGUUUUGGUGAGUGUUCAAAGUAUGCCAGACAUCUUUUUUCCAAAAACGAUGAAUGGUAAACCAAAGUGUUUUCACUCCACAACCUUUGAAAAGACUCAUGAUUACCUAAAAUACAGCCUUGUAUGGACAACCACUGGAUUUUGUAUCCCGUUACUCAUCACCCUGGGCUGCUACGGACAUGUGACUGUUGUUCUUUGUCGCAGGAAUACGAUCGAGAAGACGCAGAGACAAAGGUGGUUGAAGUUGUUGUUCAUUUCCAGUCUUCUUUUCUCCGUCUGUUAUAUCCCCUAUCACAUCUUUUGGAACUUAAGUCUCUAUUCUAGAGCUCUAAGCAAACAGAAAAUCUGUGUUUGGUGGGAUAAACAUGUAUUCACUGGUCAUCAGAUCAGCCGGGGGCUCGUGUGUCUGAACAGCGCCCUCAAUCCUCUGGUUUAUCUUCAGAUGACGGAACAUAUUGCAGCUCCAAUCCGACAACUUGCAAUUCAAGUUUCCCAACGUUUUCAGGGUUUGUUUGCAUGUAACAGACACGCCACAGCUGUCCCACAAAUUGAGGAGUACCAAGUGUAAGUACGUAGUCAUUGUAAAGUACUAGUUUUCACCAGUACUGUCCUUUUCUUCUAUAACUAUUAAGGGUAGCAACAGCCUCCUCUUUAUGUCUUCCUUCACUGCAUCCAUGAAGCUCCUCUUUGGUCACCUUCUUAUCUUUUCCCCUAACAGAUCUAACCUUAGUGUCAUUUUACCCACAUCAUCAUUGUCCCUUCUUUCAAUGUGUCCAAACCAUCUCAGUCGGUUUCGCUGUAUUCACCUCCAAAACAUCUACCAUGAGCUGUUCCUCUGAUGGAUUCAUGCAUGAUCCUAUCCAUCCUCAUCACUCCCAAAGAGAACGUUUAACAUCUUCAUCUCUGCUGCCUCCAGCUUUGCUUGCUGUCUUUUUCUAAGUCUUCAAAUGAACCACAUGUCUGCUCUCCCACAGUCUUCUACACCUUUCCUUCUUGAUGAAACUCUUUGGUCGAACAAUUACAAAUACUGUGAAGCACAGAAAUCAAACAGCAAAAGUGCUGCAGCUUUUUUUUUUUUGUAUUCUUCUCACGAUAUCUUGAUCCUGUCAUGUAUUAUAGCGGGUAUUUGUUCCAAACACAUUUGUAAAAAUAUGUUAGCAUAUUAUCAGUCAUUAUACAUCAGUAAACCCUUCAAAAAUGUCAGAAACUGUCAGAGCUGAACUUUUGUUUAAAAAAUGAAAAAAACAAUGUUUUCAAAAUACAAAUGUCUAAAUCCUGUCUAUAGUAGGUAUAAGGAAUCAACAACAGUUUUGUUUGUGUUUUCAUGAAAUGUAUUGCUCAGGCAAACAGUUGUUUUAUUCUGCAGAAGUAUAUGUACAUGCAAAAUGAUUUAAAACGUUUGGACUUAUCUACACAUGACACGCAUGUAAAGCUUAGACUAAUGUAUGACCUGAUUGUAUUUGCUUGUUUUUAGUGGAAAAAAGAAGCA